UUUUUGGGCAAUGUGUUGCCUGGCUUCUCGCGGUCUCGCCACUCUCAAUUUCUGCGCAAAUGGAAUAUCUAAUAAGCCAAGAUUAGAUGCCGAUUUGGAUACAAAAUUAGGGCAUCGGCCGAGCGUAGUAGAUUGAGACUGGGAGAAAAAGCUGAAAAAACACAAUGGGGAUACAAGGCCUCUUACCUCUCCUGAAAUCAAUCAUGGUACCUUUCCACAUCAAGGAUUUGGAGGGUUGUUCGGUGGCCGUCGACACCUAUUCUUGGCUCCACAAAGGCGCCUUGUCUUGCAGCAGAGAGCUCUGCAAGGGAUUACCCACCUCCAGGCACAUUGAGUAUUGUAUGCACAGAGUGAACUUGCUACGGCACUAUGGCAUUAAACCCAUUCUUGUCUUUGAUGGAGGUCUUCUACCAAUGAAGAUUGAACAAGAGAAUAAGCGAGCUAGGACAAGGAAAGAAAACCUUGCACGUGCCAUUGAGCACGAAAUGAAUGGUAAUUCUGCUGCCGCUUAUGAGUGCUAUCAAAAGGCUGUAGAUAUUUCGCCUUUGAUUGCUCAUGAAUUAAUCCAGGUCUUAAAGCAGGAGAAUGUGGAUCACAUUGUGGCUCCUUAUGAGGCAGAUGCACAAAUGACUUUCUUGGCUGUGAGCAAAAAGGUUGAUGCAGUUAUUACUGAGGAUUCUGAUCUUAUACCAUUUGGCUGUCCCAGAAUAAUCUUUAAAAUGGACAAGUUUGGGAAAGGUGUCGAGUUUCGCCAGUCCAAGCUUCAACAUAAUAAGGAACUAAGUUUUGCAGGAUUCUCCAUGGAAAUGCUUCUUGAGAUGUGCAUUUUUAGUGGUUGUGAUUAUUUGCAGUCACUGCCAGGAAUGGGACUAAAAAGGGCUCAUGCUCUAAUUAAAAAGUUCAAAUGCUACGACAAGGUAAUCAAGCACUUGAAAUACAGCACAGCCUCUGUUCCUCCUCUUUAUGAAGAAUCAUUCAAGAAAGCAAUGCUAACUUUUCAACAUCAAAGGGUCUAUGAUCCUGUAAGUCAAGAUAUAGUUCAUCUAUCAGAAAUCUCCGACACCAUUGGAGAUGAUUUGGACUUUCUAGGCCCAGCGAUACCACAACAUGUAGCUAAAGGUAUAGCAAAAGGUGAUCUUGAUCCAUUUACCCAAAUGCCAUUCAAGGGUGAUAGUGUUAAUUCUGAAUUGGUGCUGGAUAAGACUUCCCAAUUCAAGGUAUCUGUACCUGAAAGUGGACGAAAAAAGCUAGAAUUGCCUGUGCAAAAUAAUCUUCUGACCAAAUACUUCUGUUUUGCUUCUGUUGAAGCAAAGAGAAAAUUCAGGGCCCCUCGAACAUCACCUAAUCAUCCAAAUCCAGCUUACAACUUUUCUCUCACUCAAAAGCAACAUGCCACUCCAGAGGCUGCUUGUAACACCAACUGCUCAUUGGUGGAAACUCUGUUUGCCACUGACGAUUCUGAGUUUUCAGCAUCUACGAUUCAUGGAUUGGUGGAUCAGAAGGAUGGCCAAGACCAUACUUUGAUGCAGCAAUCUGUGCAACCACUAUAUAAACCUUGUCAAGCUCUGCGUAAGGAGCACGACUGUAAGAAUGCACCUGUUGCAGUUGAAACCAAAAUAAGAACAGAUACCAGAAAAGUCAUAGUAAGGAGUUCUUAUUUUCAGCAUAAGCCAGUGGUGGAAAAUGAUCAAGAGAGCGAACAAGCAAUACUGUUAAACAAGCAUGAUGAUUCUGAUACUAUUUGUGAAAAUAGCAUUCCUGAGAAUGCUUUGCAAAACUACCUUAAGGGCACUGAGAAAAGGAAGUCCUCCACAGAUGACUCUAUCCAAACUGAAAAUGUGCAGCCCAAGCACAUGCGUAGAGAUACAUACCUUCCAGAUGGAGGUGUUUGUGCUUCUGACCUCGAAAAACCACUUGCAGACUCAAAAACUGAAGAAGGAAAGUUUGGAUGUAAUAUUUCGCAUUUGAGUCAUUACUCUGAAAUAGCAGAAAAGUCACUAGAAAGAUUUGUUUCAGUGAUCUCUUCGUUUAAAUGCCCCACUUCUGGUUCUCGUGCCAGUGGCCUCCGUCCCCCGCUGAAAGAUGUUCGGAACACUUGCUCCAAUAGGUCAACCAAUGGAGUGGAUUUCAGCCAGUUUGCAUACGUACCAAAAAGUCGUAAGACAGACUUAGCACCUCGCAGGCGCUGAAAUUUGAAGAAAAAGAUGUUCAAGCAGAAUUUAUUUUUGUUUAGUUGAGCAUCCAACUUAUUCAUUUCUGUCACAGCAGGACAUCUCACAGGAGCUCUGAAUCUGUUUGUUUGGUGACCAAGUAAAACCUCUUCACUUCUCUAUUCAUUGCUUUAGUGUUUUGUUUUUGUUGUUGUCCCUUGUUGUAAUGUUUAGUUUUUCACCUGCUAUCUAGUACUGACCCAAUUCAAUGACUGGUUAUGGGGCAGUUGCAUUACAUGUAUCUUCAUUUGUAUGAUUUUCUUCCUGUUUUUGAAAGAGGACUUAUUGUAUUCUUCACACACAAUGAUUGGCAAUGAACAAGAAUUAAUGCUGUGUA